AUCCAAUAGUCGGUGGCCGUGGAGACCACCAGCAAGAUGUUCCCCACGAUGGCGCAAAACAGCCCUCCUCCCAUGAAGCUGUACAUUGUGAGCGAGAGCCUCCGACGGCUUCCUCUGGGCCCCCUGCUGACACGAAGUGCUGACAGAGGAGUCAAAUGCACGCGGACGCCGUCGUCGCGCUCAUGGGGCCUCUGCUCUUCGGCGCCUUGUUUGCGGGGGCGCGGGCCUCCCUGGAUCCCUCCACGCCCGACCGAGUGCUCGCGGUGGUGGGCUCGUGCGUACUCAUCCCCUGCUCCUUCACGCCCUCAUCAAAGAAACGCGUAGACGUGCGCCUGCGCCUGCGAGGUCACGGCCGGUUGUCUUUGUUCCGCCAAUCCCGCGUGGCCUUCAACAGCGAAGACGCAGAGGAAGUCAGCGACGUCUACCGGGAGCGUCUGUCGCCCUCGGGUUUGGUGACGGAGGGCGACUGCUCGUUGAGGAUGGAUGAAGUCCGCACGGAGGACGCCGGGACCUACGAGGUGUCUCUGAAGAGGACUGGAGACUCGGCUUGGGGGAGGGCCAAGUCUUUCAGUUUGAACGUCGUGGACACCCCCGAGGCUCCCGUGAUCAGCGGCGCAUCGUCGGCCGCCGACGGGCAGUUGGUCACCUUCAACUGCAGCGUCGCCUACCAGUGCCCCUCCGGGCCCCCGAGCCUGCGUUGGCAAUGGGAGCGAGGAGUGCACCCCCUGGGGGACCGGCGAGUGCGGACCCUCUACACCCAAGACCAGCGGCCGGUGCUGCAGAGCUCGCUCACCUUCAGGGUGUCGCGCCGGGUGAAGGCUAGCGUGCGGUGUGAGCUCAGCUACCCGAGAGCCAAUAUGGUGGCCGCCUUCAAGGAUCUUCACGUGACGUUCCCACCUAAAGAUGUGACGGUGCAAGUGCAGACCGUGACGGUGCAGGAGGGGGGCAGCGCCCUGCUGGCCUGCUCGUGCAAAGCCGACCCGCCAGUGUCCGAGUAUCGCUGGUCCUACAUCCGAAGCGGGCGCACGGUCCACCUCGCCCCGCGCACGCACACCAUCCGCCUGCGCAACGUGACGCGAGACACGGCGGUCCUCUGCAUGGCCGAGAACCCGGUCGGACGCGCCCAGUCGCCGAGGACCAUCCUCAAUGUGCAAUAUAAGCCCGUCAUCCAACGCCUCUCCUCGACUUGCGUGGAGGAGGACGGGGCGCUGCGCUGCGUCUGCUCAACUCAUUCCAACCCGCCUCCCGCCAUCAGCUGGAGCGUCAACGGCAGCGCCCCGCCGCGCGGCUACAACGCCUCGCUGUCCGCCGACGCCCUCACGGCCACCCUGCGGGGUGGCGUGGGCGGGGGGCCGCAGACGGUCACCUGCUUGGCCCUCAACGCCUUCGGGAACGACUCGGCCAUGCUGUCGCAGCGCCGAGCAGGAGGCGACUCUUGGCUGUCGCUGUGGUUUUGGGUUCCCGCUGCCGCCGUUCUCCUCUCUGCCAUCUCCUUGGCCGUGCUUGCUUGCUUCUGCUGCUACUAUCGAAAGAAGUCCGGCAAGCACGCGCCCAGCAGAUGUGCGUCAGGACCUGGACUGUGCCAGACCCACACGCCGGUCUAUGUCAACUGCUCAGAGGUGAGCCACGUGUACACCAACGGAAGCUACCAGCUGCUCUACCAGAACUGCACGCCGCGCUUUGUGCGCACCAAGCAAGUGCGCCCGAUGGAGAGAAGGGGCGGCGAGAGGAGGCGAGGAGGUCCGCGCGGAGGCGUGGCCACACAUGUAACCGCCAGAGAGGUGCAAGGCGCCACCGCGGCUGACCCCGAUUCAGCCAUCUACGUGGAGGUCCUCUAAAACUCGGGCUGAGCGAUGACGACCCCCGUGACAUUCCUCCGUACUCAUGUUUUAUUUAUAUGACAGACACAAUGCUUUCAUGGCCACUUUGUCUUCUUUGAUUUGAUCUGGGCUGCUCGUGUGCACCCAAAUGGGUUCUUGUGAAGAGGUUUGAUGUUCCUCAGCUGGACGUCAGCCAUAAAAAAAAAGGGGGGGGGGGAGCUUAAUUGCAUUUUUUUUUUCUGCUCGAAAACCGCCCUUGAACCCUCGUUGUGAUCCUUAAUUAUCUGUAUGUAGACUACAUUUUGAUGGAUCACACAUACAAAGUUUUACUUUGAUCUUCAAACUUUUUUUUGCCCCUCUUUUGGCUCAUGUGCUGCUGUAAUCCGUGUACAGAUAUGCUACCCACCAAACAAGAAUAAACAACACUUAUUAAAUAGAUUCAACCACAAACACAACUAAAGUGAAUUACUGUAAUAGUUGGUAUGAAUUCAAAAUCCAAUAUUUGCAUUCAAUGUCUACGCAUAGACUUGCAAUGCGCUAUUUGACCGGUUAGAGGCAGUAAUUAAGAUAGCGACGCGUCAUUCAAUGACACAAAGAAGAAAAGGCGCUUCGUGAUUGGUUGGGGUUCUCGGAACUCGCGUCACAAUAAGACGCAGGUUUUAGGUGGGAAAAUGAUUUCUCUACUGUGUGCAAUUUUUAAUCAGAUUGCAUAAAAUCCCGUUGAGCGUAAACGCGUGUAUAGUAAAUGAAUGACAGUUUAAAAUUAGAUUUGAAUUUCGUGCCUUUUGGGUUAUUUUUC